AAGAGGAGGGAUGCGUAUAUAAGGGGAUGGGCCAUCUCGAAUUCAAAAUACAGGAGUUUACUUUUCUAUCCGCCUCACCCACAAACUACUCACUGUCUUCUCUAUUCAAGUUACAACAGCUACUACUCGGCUAGUCACUCCUUUUUCUAAGCCUUCAAAACAGCAGAAAGCAAACCAAUCCUUGUCAAAUAGAUAAAAACCAGUAACCAUGCUCUUCAGCAUCUUUUCAGUCUUUACAUCAGCGGCAGCCGUGUCUGCCGCAGCCCUUCCCUCAUCCUCAUCCUCAUCCGAGAAGCGUGGCGGCGGCUCCAUCUCCAUAACGCCGCACGACCGGUGGUCGUCGUCGAUCGGCGUGCUGGGGUGCAAGAUCAACCCGGACCGCGUGGCGUACUGGCCGUCGGCGCCGAGCUGCAACAACAUCUGCGUCAAGGUCAGCGCCAACGGCCGCAGCGUGCACCUGCUCAAGGUCGACCAGUCGGGCGGCGCCCACGACAUCUCGUACGACGCGUGGAACUACCUGUCGACGGGCCAGUCCGCGACCGCGCACCCGACGUACGGGGGCGGCAUCCCCGCGACCUGGGAGGACGCGCCCAUGUCGGCGUGCGCGAGCCUCAUCCGCGAGCCCCACGGCCGCCUCGCCUUCUCCGCCGCCAACAGCAUGAACUUCAUCUCCUCCUGCCCCGCCGGCUCCUGGGUCGCCGAGCACCACGCCCUCUACAACAUCGCCAACUCGGCCUGCACCUACGGCUUCGACGAGGUCUGCACCAUGCCCCCGCCCAGCGAGGGCAACCAGGCCAAGUGCCCCCACCAGCUCGGCCGCCAGGACCCCCUCAAGUCCCAGCCCGUCUGGAACAUCGACUACGGCACUGGCAAGAAGUCCCUCGCUCAGUGA